AUGACACAGUCUAUGAUCACAACUCUUGAUCAUGACCAUCAUCGUUUCCGCCGGGGCCUUCUAAACUCUUUCUUCUCUAAACGAGCCGUGGCCAGUCUCGAGCCUAUGGUUCUAGAGAAAGUCAACCGUGCCGCAGAACGCAUCGAAGAGGCCUUUAACCAGAACGAACUUGUCCCUUUUGAUAAGGUAUUUGCUGCAGUGACUGCAGAUAUUAUCUCAAAAUAUUCAUAUGGCCGAAGUGUGGACUACUUGGAGAAGAAGGACUAUCAAAAUGACUUUAGAGAUUUCGGGAAUGUUGCCAGUAACUUAUCACAUAUUUUCACCUUCCUCCCUGGCAUGAUGGGUGUGGUCAAGGUUAUACCUGAAGCAUGGCUACAGACUAUACAACCGCAGGCUGUUGGGUUUUUCAGCAUGAGAAAUCUAGUGAGAGACCAAUCAUUGGCCAUGCUAAAAGAAACCCAUCGUCCAGGAUACAUAUCACCAGAGGGACCUGAUCGGAAUAUUUUCCAUGCCCUCUGUGACCCUGGAGUGCCGGAGAAGGAGAAGGAGAUUGAACGACUGACAGAAGAAGGAUUGGGCGUCCUUGCUGCGGGCACAGAAACAACGGCUAGAACGUUGACCGUAGGCACCUACUAUCUAUACCACGAUAAAUCAGUUCUGCAUAAAUUGCGCCAGGAGUUAAAAGAAGUGAUGCCAAAACCAGACAGUUCUAUUACUUGGGCACAGUUGGAGAAAUUGCCUUACCUCAACGGAGUUAUCAAUGAGUCACUUCGUCUGUCUCAUACUCUGGUCAUGAGGCUCCCGCGGAUUGCAAAGGACCAAAGCCUGGCAUAUGGAGAAUAUGUUAUCCCCCCAGGCACCCCUGUAAGCAUGAUAUCGUACUUCAUUCAUCUCGAUCCAAAGAUAUUCCCUGAUCCACAAAAAUUUGACCCUGAGCGCUGGAUUCGAGCUACAGAGAAGGGUGAACGGCUGUCCAAAUAUAAUGUCUCAUUCACAAAGGGAAACAGAAUUUGCCUUGGAAUGAACCUCGCAUAUAUCGAGCUGUAUCAUAUGUUUGCCACCAUGGCCCGCAGAUUCGAUAUGGAUCUGCAUAACACCACGUUUGACAAUAUUCGAGUCGAUAGGGAAUUCGGCCCAGGCUUGCCGAAGGGUAAAAACGUCAUUGAGGGUUACGCCAAAGUGAACAAAGUUUUGACUGAGUAG